UCGAACGUUUGCUUGUUAAAUUCUUCGCUCCUGAGAUAGAAAAAUCAUGGCCCUUAUGCCAGUGCCAGCUGUGCCACGGGCGAUGCCGCUGCUUUGGGUCAGCCUUCGCCUGGCAGAUGCAAUGCGUCAAUCAGUGCCAGUGAACUUGACAGGUGAUUCGGGCUGCGACUGGAUUAAAUUCCACAAUGAGCUCUAUGCGGUAGCGUUCAGGUGGAACCUUUGCCUUUCAGUCAGCGCUAUGAUCUUUUGGGUCUCUCUAUUUGCCCUUUGUUGUCGUUGUCCACGUGCUGUUCGCUAUGUCUUCGCUGGUGCCAGUGCUUUGGUGGCCCUGUGGGCUCUAGUGGCGCCCGGUCUCGCUGGGUUGGCAAUGGCAAAGGUCUACGAUACGCACUGCGCGUACUUUAGGACCAAGGGGAACAUGGACGGCCCAAUCGCAUGUUACAUCAGUAUACAGGGACUUGAAUCGUUCCUCACGUGUCUCGUCCACAUCGCGCUGUGCAUCCAGAACCUCCGCUUGGCAAGCCCGGCCAAGCCGGAGACGGCGCCGCCCACGGCGCCGCCGGCGCCGCUGCCGGCAGCAAGCCAAGCGGCGGAAGCCGCGGCGGAGGUUGGAGAGGGCAAAGCAGAAUCAUGAUGCCCUUGGGGAGGAGUCAACCUCCCGUUGUUUUUUG